CUUUGUUAUACACAGAGUGCUAAACAUAGAUAACUCGGACAUUAUGGGGCCAGCAGCACUAUAUUCCUUAAUGUUCUUGAGCUCACCUUUCCUGCUCUUAUUUUUUCAUCUCACUCACUCCUCUUCUAUGCAACCAUGUCACUAUGAUGAGAGCUCUGCCUUGUUGCAGUUCAAGGAAAGCUUUAUCAUCAACAAGUCCGCCUUUAUUAUAUAUCCUUGUAUUUAUCCUAAGACUGAAUCAUGGCAGCUCGAAGGACGAAGCAGUUGUUGCUCAUGGGCUGGCGUAGAGUGUGACCGUGAUAGUGGUCAUGUGAUUGGCCUUGAUCUUAGUACUAGUUGUCUUUAUGGUUCCAUCAACUCAAGCAGCAGCCUUUUUCGCCUUGUUCAUCUUCGCAUGCUAAACCUUGCCAACAAUCAUUUCAAUUACUCUCAAAUACCAUCUAGAAUAGGCAAUCUUUCAAGUCUAAUAUAUCUCAACCUCUCCAAUUCUUUCUUCUCUGGUCAAAUCCCAUUUGAAAUCUCAAAACUAUCCCAGUUGUCUUCCCUUGAUCUGUCUUACAAUUCUUAUUCACCUUUUAAACAAUUGUUGGAACUCAAAAAGCCCGACUUCAACAGCCUAGUACAAAACUUAACCAACCUAAUACAACUUGAUCUCACCAUGGUAAUCAUAUCUUCCCCAUUUCCUAAUGUUUUGGUAAAUAUGUCUUCCUUGACAUUUCUCAGGCUUUCUUGUUGUGGGUUGCUUGGAAAUUUUCCAACAGGUAUGUUCCAGCUACCAAAAUUACAGCUUCUUGAAUUAUCAUACAAUCCGGAUCUCAUUGGUUAUUUGCCAAACUUUUACUGGAGCAGUCCCCUUAAGUAUCUUGGAGUCUUGAACACAGGAUUUUUUGGAGAAAUUCCUACCUCAAUAGGAAACCUUGAGUCCUUGGAAUAUUUGAAUCUCAGAGAUUGCAAUUUCUUAGGUUUGAUACCACCUUCUCUGGGUAAUCUUUCCAAGCUUACUACUCUAGAUCUUUCAGAUAAUUCUCUUAUUAGGGGACAGUUACCAUCUUCUUUUGCAAACCUCACCCAACUGACUAGGCUAGCACUUUCCUUCAUCAAUUUGAGUAGUGAGACCUUUCCUUGGCUCAAUAAGAAUUCAAAAAUUACUCAUUUGUAUCUUAGAAGCAACAAUUUAAGGGGAGAAAUCCCUCCUUCGUUGGCCAAUUGGACCCAACUGUCUGCCUUAGAGCUAAGCUCUAAUCAAUUGACUGGUUCAAUCCCACUCUGGCUUAUGAACCUCACCAAAUUAACUCAAUUGAGCCUUGCAUCAAAUAAGUUGCAAGGUCCAAUUCCAAGCUCAAUAUCUGAACUCAAGAAUCUUCAAUAUCUUGAUCUUUAUUCAAAUAAUUUGAGUGGCACAGUGGAUCUAAACACGUUAUUUAUGCUCAAAAUUUUAUUGUAUCUACGCUUGUCAUUCAACAAAUUAUCAGUGUCAACAAAAACCAAUUCCAGUGCUAGUCCACCAAAAUUGAUCUCUUUGUGGUUGGCUUCAUGCAAUCUAGGACAGUUCCCAAAAUUCUUGCAGGGUCUAGAUGGAUUGAUGUACUUGGAUCUAGCCUUCAACAAUAUUCAUGGACAGAUACCCCAAUGGUUUUGGAAAAUAAGUACUCAAACACUACUGUAUUUGGAUCUUUCUCACAAUUUUCUAACUGGUUUUGACCAACCUCCUAGCGUUCUUCCAUGGUCUAGUUUACUCGCUUUAAACAUGAGUUCCAACAGGCUCAGUGGAUCACUUCCAGUUCCACCAUUCUCUACUCUUCUCUAUACAAUCUCAGAUAAUUCACUGAGUGGAGAAAUCCCAUCAUUGAUUUGCAAUCUAAGUUUGCUUCAGGUUCUUGAUUUGUCUGGGAACAAUUUAGAUGGCAUGAUUCCAAGAUGUUUGAGUAACUUCAGCAGCUCUUUGUCAAUACUAAAGUUAGGAAGAAACAAUUUUCAUGGCACCAUUCCUCAAACAUGGACAAGUUCAAGCAAAUUAAGGAUGAUUGACUUGGGCCAAAAUAAAUUGCAUGGUCAAGUGCCAAGAUCGAUGGCGAGGUGUGCACUACUAGAGAGUCUUGAUCUUGGAAACAAUCAAAUCAUUGAUGCUUUUCCUUCUUGGUUGGGAGCUCUUCCUGAAUUGAAGAUUCUCAUUUUACGAUCUAAUAGAUUCUAUGGUGCAAUCAGGAGUCCUAAAUUCAAUUUUGCCUUCCCCAAGUUGCGCAUUAUUGACAUGUCCUUCAAUGGCUUUACAGGCAGUCUACCUCCAGAAUUCUUCCAGAGAUUGAAUGCAAUGAAAAUUGUUGAAACAGAACGCUUAUUAUACAUGGAAGCGCACAUGAGUUAUUAUUUGAGGGGAUUCGAGUACAUGGAUAAUUUUGAGUACUCAAUGACCAUGACAAACAAAGGCUUGAGAACACAAUACACUAAGAUCAUAGAGUUCUUCAUAGCCAUUGAUUUGUCAUGCAACAAAUUCAUAGGACCACCCUCACAUACAAGUAGAGCCGCCAGUGAUUUGCAAAACCAAAAUGACAAUAAAAAUUUUAUACAACCACUCUAUUUGCUUGAUUUGAAACUCGUUGAUUUUAAAAUUAAUGGAUUUAAAAGGCAUUGAUUUGAAAUCCAUUGAUUUUUAAA